UACUACGAAAAAACAGUUAACUUAUCGUCUAACCGUACGCAUCUCGAUAUGCGCGUAACGAUAGUGACGAGCAGGAUAUCACCGUAAGUACCUGAGUACCUUCAUAAGUAUACACAUAGAGAACUUACUAAAAACUAAUACAUAUACGUCAAAAAAUGAUCACGCGAAGGGGCUGAAAGAAUCGAGGGGGUUAGAGCGUAUCGUUAAAAACAGAACGCAGCUGAGACUCGAUUAUCGAAAGACGGGACGCGACGAGGAAAAGAAAGCUGGCGUUCAGCCGAAUCGAUAGAAAAACAGUUGAACACGUCGAUAUCCAACGAGUCGGAUUUAAACAAGAAAUUAUCAGCGUCCACGCGGUGACAUAUCAUUCGUCAUUCGUACAAUGUACGAGAGACACAUCGACGUCCCCGCGUCGACGUUGCCAUGCGAGUAUCGAUUCGACGAAUUGGCCGCAGGUCGCGAAUCACCAGUCGCAUUCCGUUGAACGGUUGGCCGACCGAGUUUCCCCGAGAGUUGGCGAGUAGACGCGUGACGUCUCGACGCCUCAGUGUUUCGACGUUUCGACGUUGCGACACGAGCGGUCGCGUCUCGUGCAAUCCGUCGAGCCGUGAACUCUGAAAUCGGAAAAGGAAGAGAUCGCGGACCAACGAGAUGCGACGAUAAACGACGGAACGUGGUCGACAGAGAGAUAAAGAAACGAAGCAUGAAAGUCGAAGAAAGGAGCAACGAAACGGAGAGGAAAUAGAGGAACGGAGAAAGGGUUGAUGGGAAGGAAGGGCGUUCACGGAGAACAGCGGCGAACAGCAGUCUCAACGGGUAAUGUUGAAGAGAGCCCCGAUGCGAAGGCUCGGCGAGGGAAAGACUCGUUAUGCGAAACGAAAGCGCAAAGGGCAUCGUAUCGAGAUGGUGUUCGGCCGAGAACGCGUUCAUAACGCCGGAGCGCAGAAAGUUUAGACGCGUGCACGGGCUCCAGUUGCCGUUGCACCCGCAGCAAGUGAUCGGCUGGAUCGUGAUCCUGGUAAUCGCGGUAAACACAUUCACGGUACUGACGCCGCUGCUCGAGCCGGGCUUACGGCCGAUUCUCUCUAGCGCGAUCGCGGUCCUCUUCUUUGCGCACUUCUGCUCCCACUUGACUGUUUUGUUGUUAGAUCCAGCGGAUCCCCGUGUCCGGGCGCAGCCGGUGAACAAAGUUCUGCCGGAGUUCGACAGGACGAAGCACGCGCGCGUGAUCGAGAACGGCCGGUGUCACCUUUGCAACAUAACCACCGACAGCAAGAGGACCAAGCACUGCUCGAUCUGUAACAAAUGCGUCGCCCGCUUCGACCACCACUGCAAGUGGCUGAAUAACUGCAUCGGGGCGAGGAACUACUCCGCCUUCCUCGUUUGCCUGAUCUCCGCGAUUUUGGCCAGCCUGUGCGUGGUCGGCCUCUCCGCGGCCGAGCUGACCUCGUUGGUUACCAACAAGGCGAGCCAAGAGGGAGACGCUAGCAUGGAGAACGCGACCGCUACGAGCCCAUCCGCCUCUACCGAGACCAGCUUCACCGUUUCCACGACUGCUUCGGCGAUCGCCUCCGCGACCGCGGCUCGAGCGGCUCUCUCCAUCGCCCCGGUCUCGGACACCGUGUCCAUCCUCUUGAUCUCCGCGAUCGGAAUCCUGUCGGCGAUCGCGGCGAUCCUCUUGAUUCACUUAUGCUUCUUCCACGGCUACAUCGCGUGCCUAGGCUUGACCACGUACGAGUACGUGCGCAACAAACGCGAGCGGAAGGCGGCUGUCAACGCGAGCACCGAGGAGAAGACAUCGAGCCGGCACGCCGUCCCUGAGAAGCGGAUAGGUCCGCGAGAAGAGGAGUUCGAUCGAGCGACCAUGGAAACGAGAAGUCGUCCUCGGAACGACCAACGCAGGAACUUCCGACUCUGCUUCUCUUACAAGGUCCAGUCGACGACCGGCGACGAGUCCUCGAUAGAGUUCUCGUCGGAGGUACCAUCGGGAGUAUCGCCGGAAGUACCGUCACGACUGCCGACUCGACUGCCGUCUCCGCCGUCCCAACUGCCGUCGCGCGCGAAGCGUAACCACUCGAUCGUUUUCCGAGAUUCCGUGGCGCUCGUAGACUCGUCGACACCGUCGCCGGUCUCUUGCUGCUUCGCCGCUGCGAAUUCGUUGACUACUCGCUGCUGGUCGACGAACAGGGUCGACGGAUCGAAGAAGCAACGGAAUUCUGGGAGUGACCCUUCGACUGUCCGUCCGACGAAUUCCUGCGAAACCGUCGAGAGGAUAGGCAAGUUCCUGCGGACGUAUUUGAGGAGAAGCGGCAGACGUCGAUCGACCAACUCGGAAACGAGGUCAUCCACCGGGAAUUCCGCUCGUUGGAUGUUCGACGCGUGUCCCGCGGGACAGGAGGCGAACGCGUCUAUUUCAGAAGCUGUCGCCGAGACGCUCGCCGUCGCCGUCGCCGUCGCUGUUACCGUCGACGUCAACGUCGACGUUCUAGAGACCGCAGUUCCUGUUUCCGUUUCCGCUGCGACCACCACGUGUCGUGCGCCGUCCGUCCGACUGCCUCCGUUGCGUUCCCCCGAACACGAACGCCACGAGCAGAUUUCGAGCUGUCGGCAGAGGAGACUGUCCGGCUCCUCGUCGGCGUCGAAGAGGUUCAUGAAUCACGGGCACACUCGGAUACGGCGUACUUGUUCCUUUCGGAAGAAGCCAAGACUGAAGAUGAAUUCGCGCGUGGCUCAGUCCAUCCAGCUGUCUCCUAUUCUGGAGUCGGACCUGUCGAAGCCGGCGUCGCCGCGUUCACCCCGUUCACCCCGUUUACCCGUUUCCGCUCGAUGUCCCGUCCAGUCGCCGCGUUUCGCGUACUCGUCUCCUCAGCGCGAUCGGUUCACCUCGACGUCCACGGGAAUCUGACUCUCGAGUAACCGAUCGUUCGUCCCUUCGUUGCGUGUGUUGUGCAUCGAGACGCUUCGGUCGCGAAACUCUAGCGUAUUCCGCCACGUAUUUUCGACUCGACGAACGUAACUGCAACCGCGAACUUGUACUUGCUCGCACUAAGGCGCAAUUUCCC